CAAACCUCUGUUCUACUCUCUCUCACACACACUCAAGCAAGCAAACAAAAAAAAAAACAAUUCUAUUUCCUUCUCCAAACAAAUCUUCCCACCAAAUUAAUUAACUCCUUCGUUACAUUUUUAAAUCCCCUCAAUAAAUCUAGAAGAAACAAAACAUCCAAUUAAUGGAACACUCAUCUCCUUCGGAAUCACAACCUGAAGACUGCCGGAGAUUUCAGGAUCCACCGGCGCAGGCGACGGAGAGAAGAGUGAGGAAGAAAAGAGCCAAAUAUGAUGACGAUGACGAAAAAGUUGUUUCAAAGCAUCCAACUUUUCGAGGUGUGAGAAUGCGACAAUGGGGAAAAUGGGUCUCCGAAAUCAGAGAGCCAAAGAAAAAAUCAAGAAUCUGGCUCGGUACCUUCUCCACGGCGGAGAUGGCGGCGCGUGCUCACGACGUGGCGGCUUUAGCCAUAAAAGGCGGUUCAGCACACCUAAACUUCCCGGAGCUCGCAUACCACUUCCCUAGACCGGCUAGUGCAGACCCUAAAGACAUCCAAGCAGCCGCCGCCGCCGCCGCUGUAGCGGCAGUUCCGAUUGAUAUGGAGGUAGAGACGUCUUCAUCGCCGUCUCCUACGAGCACGGAACCGUCGUCUCCGGCUAUGACGGAAAUUUUCGACGACGCGUUCUCCGAUCUUCCCGAUCUCUUGCUCGACGUGAACCACACAAUCGAUGGCUUUUGGGACUCUUUUCAUUACCAAGAACCUUUCUUCUCUCAAAGUUACUAGAAACCAAGACGGCGUCGUUUUUUGUACGUGUUUUUUUUUUUUUGUUAUGUAAAAAAACUUUUUGACGUUAAAAUAUCACGGGUUUGAUCCAAAUUGUAUGAUUUAUUAUCAACGGUUUAUGAUCGAUUUUGGUAUUCUGUUUUUUCUAAUGCAUUUAAGUCGGAAAAUGUGUGAUAUGUGUAAGUAAAUGUUUUUUUUUUUUUUUUUGUAAAAGUAUGAACGUCAGUGAGUCAGUGACAAUUGACAAAGUCCUAUGUUUGUUUGUAGCCCUGUUUUUCCUACAACUGUAGAU